AUGACACCGGGCGGAGGCGGAUCACUUAGUGCGGUGUCCGGAGGGGGGUUCGAAGGCCGACGCGACAGCAGAGAGAAAUCCUCUCUGCCGGUUGUGCGGGGCCUUCCGCUUCUCCUUCUGCCUCAGCAGGUUGAAGUUAUCUGGCAAGCAGCCGCUGACGAAGAAGCCGCCGCGGCCAGGGCAGUAUCCGGACCGGCGUCGCGGGAGUUGACUCAGGGAACCGAGGCAUCCUCGGCGACUGGUACGAAACCUUCACAUGCAGAAGGCUCCCUAUCCGGCGUCAGUUCCUCAGCUGCGGCCGGGAACAAAACGGGUCCCAGCUCAAGCGAUUCGGGGCCUCCUAGGCGAGAGACGGGGGGCGGGGCACAGGCAGCCAGCGGUCAGAACCCGCGUGGCUCUGCGGGCGGCCCGAGCUCUGGGAAGAAGUCGGUAGCCAGUUCCGGUCAAGCGCGGGAGACCGUUGCGAAGGGCGCAAGGGACGGAGGGGCAAGCGCAGCGGGAACGAAGACGCAGAAUGCUUCUUCAUCCGGAACGCUUGCAGGCGCUUCUGCUCCCGGAUGCAGCCGAAGUGGAAAAGUGCGACCGGCGUCAGGAGUGACGAAUCAAACCUCAGACGGAGAUGGCACAGUGUCCAGUGAGGCAGGGACAGUAGCAAGCUGUGUAGAGGCGACUUGCCGGUUCCUGCACCUAGGGCCAGAGGGACGCCGGAGACCUGCGGUCGUCGACUUCCAUCUUUUCAGUCUCUUGUUCGCCCGAGAUGCCAGGAUGUGUCCUGCGAAGGCUGCUCUCUUCGUAUCUGUCAUGGGAGCUGCACUCGCCGAGAUAGAGGAACUAGCCCAGACUGUGAGCGUCACGACUCUCAUAAACACUACAAAACACAAGAAAGCCGUGAAAGUGGAGUAA